AGCGCUUCGCACGCCAUUGCCGGCCCGCGCGCCCCUCGCACGCGCGCCAACGCAACGCACCCCUAACGCGCUCCGGCGCCCGCGCUCGACGCCACCUCGCCACCGCUGCUCCGCCGCAGGAUUACUACACGAAACAAACAUGAACGCCACGCAGUUCGAAGAGUGCAUGAACGCGAUGCAGGGCACCCCGCAAAAGCGCAGCGCGGCAGCUCGGCUGCCGUCGAGCGCACCAGGCGAGGAGGCGACGAGGCGCGGCCGCACGCCCGUGUCGCGGCCGCACGGCGACCGCUUCAUUCCUCAGCGCUCAGCCAUGGACAUGGACGUCUCCCACUUUGAGCUCACGCGCGCGCGCGAAGAGGAGAAUGCCACCGUAAACGCGUCGCCUGCAAAGGCGCGGCCGCUUGCGCCGCUCCCUACAUUCAAACGCACAUCCACGCCCUUCCCUCUCCCUCGCCCCUCCUCACCCCCUACCCCCCCUUCAGGAGGACUACCCUUCACCCGCCCGCCUCCCUGCCAGCUACCCUCUCACCCGCCCGCCUCCCUGCAGCUGCUCGACGACUACUACCUGAACCUGCUCGACUGGAACGAGCGCAACGUCCUCGGCGUCGCGCUCGGCGACUCGAUCUACCUGUGGAACGCGUCGGACGGCUCCAUCCAGCAGCUCAUGCAGACGAGCGGCGACAACUCGCACGUGACGUCGCUGUCGUGGGUGCAGGACGGGCCCUACAUGGCGGUCGGCACGUCCGACCACAAGGUCCAGAUCUGGGACGUCGAGAAGCUCAAGCAAGUGCGCAGCAUGUCGGGCCACCGCGCGCGCGUCUCGUCGCUCUCUUGGAACGGGCGCCUCGUCUCGUCGGGCCAAGAAGCAGAUGGAGCAGCUGUGAACAGCGUUCGCGUGGCGGACCACAAGGUGGGCACGCUGCGCGGCCACGCGCAGGAGGUCUGCGGGCUCAAGUGGUCCCCCUCGGGCACGCAGCUCGCCUCGGGCGGCAACGACAACAUCCUCAACGUGUGGGACGACCGGUACACCUCCUCCGCCAACGGAGUGUGCGACCAGCCGCUGCUGCGACUCGACCAGCACCGCGCCGCCGUCAAGGCCCUCGCGUGGUGCCCGUGGCAGCGGAACCUGCUCGCCUCGGGCGGAGGCACCGCCGACCGGAUGAUUCGCUUCUGGAACUCGUCGACCGGCGCGUGCCUCAACGCGGUCUGCGCGCUGCAGUGGGCGAAGCACGACCGCGAGCUCGUCUCGUCGCACGGCUACUCGCACAACCAGCUCAUCCUGUGGAAGUACCCGUCGAUGGUCAAGGUGGCCGAGCUGACGGGGCACACCUCGCGCGUGCUCCACAUGGCGCAGUCGCCCGACGGCACCACCGUCGUCACCGCCGCGGCCGACGAGACGCUCCGCUUCUGGAAGAUCCUCUCGGGCGGCGAGGCGUCCAAGAAGGAGCGCGCCGCCGCGAAGGAGUCGAUCCUCAACUCGAUGUCGAUUCGGUGAGCGGCGC